CUUGCGAAGGCAGUCCGCAAACCUAUGCAAGCCGGAAUCGACUGCACGCGCUGGGUCCGUGCGCUGGGUCCUUAAGUUUUGAUUCAGAUAACGCAUCAGUUCUAGGAGCUGAGAUAGUAGACCGUCCUUAUCAAUGCACGAAUUCGGGUCUGCGACACAGAAUUGCGGUCGGCGAUGCGACGUCGUCCGCUCGAGCCAGACGACUCGUCCCUCCUUCGCGCUCGCCAGGCCCGCAGGCAUCAGCAGUGCUGCGCGGACUGCGCUUGGCACGCAUACUGGAGCUUCAAGGGCGCUGGGACUUUGGCCUUCGUUGCGCGCCGCCCACACCGCAGGGCCACGCACCCCAGUCACGCCGCCUCGGGUGACCGCGGCUAGUGCGUCGGUCGCAGCCACGGAGGCAGCACUGGCACUCGGCAGGCCCAAUACGCACGACGACCAGGGCCGCCUGUGUGUCAAAUCACUGGCACUAGAAGAGCUGCGGGACUGGUUCCAAGCGCAAGGCGAGCGGCCCAGCCGCGCAGAUCAGCUGUGGCGCUGGAUCUAUUCCCGCAACACCAGCGCAGUUGGCUGCGGCGCAGGCCCACUCGCUGGCGGCGGCAGAAGCAGCAACAGCAACAGCAACAGCAACAGCAACAGCAACAGCAACAGCAACAGCAACAGCAACAGCGGCCAAUCAGUUGUGCAUGCCGCUCCUAGCGUACAUGGGACCGCGGCGCCGCCUCCUCUCAAGACCCAGCCCCAUCACCAGCAGCAGCAGCAGCAGCCGUGUGCGUAUGAAUCGUACCAUGGCGGCGGGCUACGGCGACUGGAGGAGGCGGGGGGAGAGGCGGUGGUGGACGGGUUCAGCGCCGGGUUCGUGCAGCGGUUCGGGCCCCUCCUGACGCUGGACGGCGGUCUGGCGCUGCAGGAGGUGGUUCCUGCCGCGGACGGCACUCGCAAGCUGGUGUUCCGGGUCACAGGCGGAGAGGCGGCGGGUGGCCGCAUCGAGACAGUGCUGAUCCCCUGGUACCGGGACUUCGACCGCCGGCAGCAGCUGCAGGAGAGGCCGCGAUACACGCUGUGCGUGUCAUCGCAGGUGGGCUGCGCAAUGAACUGCCAGUUCUGCUUCACGGGCCGCCGCGGGCUGCUGGGCAACCUGUCCACGGCACAGAUCAUCGAGCAGGUGUUGGUGGCUCAGCAGCUGCUGCACCGCGAGGCGCAGCAGCAACCCGCCUCGUCCGCCACAGCCUUCCCUACCACCGCCGCCGGCUCAAACUCCGCCUUCUCCACCUCCUCCUCCGCCGCCGCCAGCUCGUUCUCUCCAACUCGGCCGCCGCAGCCGCAGCCUCGGCCGCAGCAGUCGCAGCAGGCGCCUCCGCCCAUCACCAACCUGGUUUUCAUGGGGAUGGGCGAGCCGCUGCACAACCCCACGGCGGUUUUUGCAGCCAUCGACAUCCUCGCACACCGUCACGGGCUGGCCAUGUCGCCCAGCAGGGUUACGCUGUCUACUGUGGGGCUGCUGCCGCAGCUGCAACACUUCCUGGACAGGUUCGGGCCGCCGCCCGCCCAGCCCACCCACGAGGCGGCGGCGCCCGCAUCGGCGUCGACAUCGUCCGUUGCAGCAGGUGGGGAGGCGGCGGCGGCGGCCUCCCGCCACUUGCCCUCGUCAGCAGCACCGCAGCAACAGCCCCAGCACGGCGGACAGGCCGAGCAGGCGGGGCAGGAACCGACGCGCAGCUCGCGGGGAGAGGGCGGCCGGGCGCGUGUGUGCCUGGCCGUGUCAAUACACGCCGGCACGGAUGAGCUGAGGGGAGCCAUUGUGCCCUCCAACACUCGCCUAUCCCUGCCGCCCGCCGGCUUCUCACCCAGCAACAAUACCAGUAGUAGCAGUAGCAGUAGCAGUAGCAGCAGUAGCGGCAGCAGCAGUGGUAGUAGUGGCAGUGAUGGCAACAGCACUGCCAGCCUCGGACGCGGGUUGCGCUGGGAGGUGGAGGCAGCUGGCGCCACUGCAGCUGCUGAUGUCGCGGAGGGCGUUGGUGCUGCUACUGCUGCUACUGCCACUGGUGGUGCUGUUACUGCCGCCGGUGGUGGCAAUGGGCUGCGCGGGCUGGCGGCGCUGUCUGCAGUUCUGUCACGGCACUACCCGCGCACCGACAAGCGGCCUCUGCGGGCGGGGCGCUACGUUCUGUUUGAGUACACACUGCUGCGAGGUGUCAACGACCGGCCAGAGGACGCGGCGGCCCUGUUGGAGGCCACGAAAGACAUCGAGUGCAGCUUCAACCUCAUCAUGUUCAACCCCUUCCCUGGCACGUUGUACUCCCCCUCCACGCCCGAGCGCCUGUUGGCCUUCCAGAAGGUGCUGUGGGCUGCGGGCCGCAUUGUGCACGUGCGCCUGAGCAAGGGCGAUGACGGCAUGGCGGCGUGUGGGCAGCUCGGCGACGUGGGGCCGCAGGCGGAGGCCCGGCCGGGCGCGAAGCUGCUGCCGGAAGCUAAGAAGCUGGCAGCAGCUGCGGCAGCAGCAGCGGCUGAAGCGGUGCUGGUGUAGACUUGUGCGAGCUGACUGCAAGUGCGGCGGUGGUGGUGGCUGCGUGGGUGGCUGCGAGGGGGGGGGGCGGGGCAUAGGAAGGGGCCGCACGUAAAUGUUGUCGAAGCCCUGUUGGGUCGAAGGAGUUCGAGCUUUUAGAAAGUAGGGGGAGAUCCUGUCCAAACUUGUUGCGGUGAAGUUGGGAUCAAAGAAGGCAGCGGGUGCGAGAAUCGGGGCCUCUCAACGCUCUGAUGGGCCUGCAGGGCAGGCUCCGGCACGCACCACUCUGGCGAUUGUCAGCUCAACAGACUUGUCAUGCAGUCAAACUGCUUUAAAAUU